AUGGAUCCAGCUCCUUUAGUUGAAGAAGAACCUCCUCAUGUUUUGGCAGUUGAUGACAACUUAAUCGAUCGUAAACUUGUUGAGAAAUUGCUCAAGAGUUCUUCUUGCAGAGUGACCACUGCAGAAAAUGGGCAAAGGGCUUUGGAGUAUCUGGGCUUGCUGGAUGACAAGCAAAGCUCUUCAACUUACAAUGCCUCAAAGGUGAAUAUGAUUAUUACAGAUUACUGCAUGCCUGGAAUGACCGGAUAUGAGCUGCUUAAGAAGAUUAAGGAAUCAUCGGUUAUGAAAGAUGUGCCUGUUGUCAUAAUGUCGUCUGAGAAUGUUCCAACAAGAAUCGACAUGUGUCUCGAAGAAGGUGCCGAGAUGUUCAUGUUAAAGCCUCUCAAGUUCUCUGAUGUGAAGAAAUUGAGACGGGAGUUGCUGUGCAAUGCCGCUGUUAAAGCACUAUAA